AUGACCAUGGCACGGAAGAUGCUGACAACUGCCAGUUGCUUUGUGAAGGCCGUGUUCCGAUCUACUAUUUUCAGCCAUUCUUGGGAGAUUUUACCUGGCCGUGAGAUCUCACCGAGGAGCUUCUCACUCAAGUACAGUGUCCCUCCAUCAGCCAAGUAUGGUGGACGGCACACGGUGUCUAUGAUUCCCGGGGAUGGCGUCGGGCCUGAGCUCAUGCUGCAAGUCCAGACUGUGUUCAGACGCGCCUGUGUGCCUGUGGACUUUGAAGUGGUGCAAACUAGCUCUGCUGCUUGCGAGGAGGACUUUCACAGUGCCAUCAUGUCCGUUCGUCGAAACCGUGUGGCCUUGAAGGGCCACAUUGAAACGAACCACAACCUGCCACCAUCCCACAGAUCCCUCAACAGCCUGUUUCGCACCACUCUGGAUCUCUACGCUAAUGUUAUCCACUUUAAGAGUCUGCCAGGUGUGAGGACCCGGCACGGUAACAUAGACAUCCUCGCUAUCCGGGAAAACACAGAGGGUGAAUACAGCAACCUGGAAUACGAGAGUGUGAAAGGAGUGAUAGAGAGCCUGAAGAUCAUUACUGAGGUCAGAUCUUUGCGCAUUGCCGAAUAUGCCUUCCAGCUGGCCCAGGAGAUGGGGCGCAGGAAAGUGACGGCUGUGCACAACGCCAACAUCAUGAAACUGGGAGAUGGUCUCUUCCUGCAGUGUUGUCGGGAGGUGGCGUCCCGCUAUCCUCAGAUCACCAUGGAAGACAUGGUUGUGGAUAAAGCCACCAUGCAGCUGGUAUCCCAACCCCAACAGUUUGACGUCAUGGUGAUGCCCAAUCUUUAUGGCAACGUUGUCAACAGUAUCUGCACAGGGUUGGUUGGAGGACCAGGCCUUGUGCCUUGUGCCUGCUAUGGUCCCACAUAUGCAAUGUUUGAAACAGCUGCAAAGCAAUCAGGCAGGGAUAUAGCCAAUAAGAAUAUGGCCAACCCGACGGCCAUGCUGCUGGCAAGUUGUAUCAUGCUGGAUUACCUCAAGCUCCACUGCUAUGCCACCACCAUUCGUACUGCAGUCUUGACAUCUUUGGCGAACAAACAUGUUCAUACUCCAGACAUUGGAGGCCAGGGUACCACAUUGGAUGUCAUUAAAGAUAUCAUAAAUCAUAUCAGUGCUACCAAUUAA